AUACCGAUUACCAAUGGCUGGGGCGAUACUCCUGAACGCACGCUGCGAGUCAAUGUCAGCACAUAUGUACACGAAUGCUCUGGUUAUGUGCCAUAGUGGCUCAAGAAGACGUUUUAAAUGGUUAAAUCGAGUGGGUGUGUGCAUAACUAGCGGGAUGGCUCUUGCAAAGCUGAAAGCAAUGGGACCGGCAUGGGACAAUAAAACCUUCUUCCAAUGGACAGAGAAUGUAUGCAAAGACAGAGCAUCAAAGGCGGCCUCUGAAGGAGCAGACGCAGCGUUCACUAUACCGCCGAUAGACACGGAUUCAGAUGAAUCCCAGGACAGCACUGAAAACGGGAUGUCACCAGAGCACACGCAGCAUGGACAUGGGGACACUGCACCAACUGCAGACAUAGCUGACGAACCAGACAAAGACGCAUCAGAUGCAUCAGAUGCAUCAGACGCAACAGACGUAUCAGACACACCAGACGAACCAGACAUAGACGAACUAGACGAACUAUACGAACCAGACAAAGACGCAUCAGACGCAACAGACGUAUCAGAUGAACCAGACAUCCCUUCACCUGCAACCUUCCAGUCUGACUCAGAGUAGCUUCGCUGGAUCAACACACGCUUCCCUGAUAUUGUUUACAUGUAUGUAAUGACUGAUAAUAUGGCAAUGCCAGACAGGGGAAUGAGAGAUGAAGGCACAAAGUACACCCGUGACUUGUGAUUUUCAUGGUUGCAAGGGUGAAAUCUUUCAAAGGCCGCACGCAUUUUAAACAAAACAUGUUUAAAGAACUAUUAGACUUACCCCAAACAGCUGAAGACGAGACAUUCUCACUCCUUACUCGUCAAAUGCCGACACUUGUUCAGUGGCCCCACGCUUCAAACUAUGGUGCUCUAGAAACCGCUUUAGCGUCCGCUAUGGACAUGUCGGUGACCGCAAGUCACUUUCCGCUUGUUACAUGCAGUGUUCUUGAAAAAAAAAAUUAAACCUCAAAACGCAAGUUUAUUUUGGUUUUAUGUUUACUUUGUUAGGUUUAGGCAACAAAAAGUACUUGGUUAGGCUCAGGAAAAGAUGGUGGUUUGGGUUAAACCUUUGCUAUGUAACUUGCGUUUGUGGCGUUACGUUACCUAAGGAACGUAAGGUAAUAAAGUUAUUGCAUAGGCUCCAUAACUUUUUAAAAAGUCAGCGUUUACUUUUGGCUUUCAUGCGGGACGCAAACAGCGGUCUCCUGGGUAAAAGUCUGUUUGUUUGACCCAUCCACCAACCCCAACCUCUCCCACUAAUCAGGAGUUUUGCACUACAGUAGUUGCCAGGGUUUUUCCUGGCUCAGAAUAGGCCUUUGCACAAUAGUAAGCAUGAUCGGUCCCCAUAGAGAAAGGCAAUGAGUCUGUGUGGGUUUUAAUUAGUUAGUUAGUUGAACGCCGGGUGCGUCUAAUACAGGCACUAAAUGGUGCGUCUGUAUCAGACGCUGAGGGCCACUGACCAAACGCCGGUAUUGGACCAGUUUGGAGUGAAACUGCCCUGCUGAAGACCAGGCCAGUCAAAACACAGAUGGACUCUUAGUGGGUUCCUUAAACUAGCUUGACUAGAACGGGACUUCGAGGAUUCCAUCGUGUAAGGUGAUGGACAGAGGACUAUCUGCCUCUAGAAAUUCAAAUUGCUUCACUACAAACAAAGCAGCUAGGAACAAUUAUUGCCGAGAGGCACUUCAACUGCUGCCUGACAUACAUGAGUUUUAAAGUCCUAGUGUUGCGCAUAUGCUCACAUGGAACAAGAACAUACUGUAAAUGCUCGUGGUGAGACUGGCAGCAACAUUGCCUUGGAAAUGUGAAAAAAAUGUUUUGUGCGCCUCACAAAAACUGACGUUCUUGUUGUUUGCGUGAUUUUCUUUUGAUUUUAUACAUACUACCUUAAUUAGCAUCGUUAACCAACAAGUGCUUCUCUGUAUUCUGUACACGUAAUAAAAUAACUUCAAAUGAGUCGGACCAUUGGUGAGUUGAGGCAGUUAAAGGGUCAUUUCGUUGUAGUUUUUCAACCUGGACCCUAUUUCCCCAUGCAUUGGUGUCUAGGUGACCAAUAUACAUAAUCUUUGAAAAUGG